UCGCCCGCGCCGGUCGCAUGCCGCACGUGACCCUCGCCACUCGCGCGCGCACCGCGGUCCACGUCGCUUCAAAUUUCGAAUCCGGAACGUUAACCGUUUUCUAUUUGAAUUUUUUAUUUUUUAAUAAAUAAAAGUGCAAGUGCGAACGAACUUUUUGAGGAUUUUGUGCCAGUGUGAAUUUUGUUUUGCUGCAAAACAGAUCGCACAGGCGCCAAUAAAGACAAUUAAAGCAAAGGAUGUAAGAAAAUCGAUCGACUUAUUCGUCAUGUGGAUGAACUUAUCAGUGCAAUCGAUUAAUCGAUGUUAAGUGCUUUCAUCCUGUUACUGAAACUGCUUAACAACGUUGACUUACAGUGAAGUGAAAACUACCGGAUUUUCGUAUCGAGCCACGCUCGUCAUAUCGGCUUUUUUAACCUUGAUGUCUGUCCGCCCCAAAAAUAAUGGAACAUCAGCACAGCAGAUCAGCAUCGCCGCGCGACGCGCCGCGCCCACAACACCGGCCCCCCUCGCCACCCACGCCCCCUGAAGGCUUCGACAACCGCGCUUACCAACACGACGAAGAUCAUAACCACAAUGACUCCUUCUCCUCCCACGUGCCACAACACCACAACAACAGUAAAGAACCAAUUGCGGAAACCAAAGCGCUAGAAGCUGUCAAUUUGGAAUUGAUAAACUUGUCCCCUAAGAAUGGGAAAAAGAAAGAUGUUGACGUUGAAAUGAACGCUUCUAACCCCUACGACGAGUACUUCGUGCCUGUUAAUGAACAUAGGAAAUACAUGAGAGGGGAGAAGCUGUACGUGACUGCGGACAAGCGCGGCGAGAAAGGAGGAUGUAAGCGGCCACUCUGCUGGACCCUGCUCGCGUUGGUAGUAGCUGCCAUCAUCGCUCUUAUUGUUCUUGCUGCUACUGGAGUUCUGUUCGCGAGCUCGCCGACGCCACUUGAUCAAUACAACACAACAAUAUCGUCAGCGCGGGCGCUCGGCGGACUCGGAGUCGGAGAAACUCACGACCACGGAACUACAGAACAUGACCACAGUGCUCACGACCACAGUGCACACGACCACAGUGCACACGACCACAGCACGCACGGCCACAAUGCACACGACCACAGUGCACACGAUCACAGUGCACACGACCACAAUGGACAUGACCACGAUGACUCAAAUCAUGAGCACACCGACAACAACCACGACCACAACCAUGUGGACCAAAAACACAUAGGACAUGAUCACAGUGAGCACGAUCCUUCGCCCAGUCCUGAGCCAACGCCUGAGCGGUCUAUAAACGACGCAAUGAAUCCUGCUUCAGACGAAAGUACCGACUUGUCCAUGUAUGUGCCAAGAACAUUGGAGGGUGAACUGAAAGUGGACAACGAAGAAUUUAGACAGGCCUUUCAAGACCCGGAGAGCGAAGAAUAUCUACAGUUCGCUAACAACUUCGUCUUUGCGCUUAAGAACGCCAUCUUCAACAGAAAUGACGUGGAAAAUGGCAAAAACGAAGUCAUGGUCGAAGUCGUACAGUUAAGGCCAGGAUCGGUGGUAGUGAAGUACAGGAUCCAUUGGAAGCCAAAAUUCGUCGAUGAAAACACACACGGGGACUGGUUAACGGCAGAGACCUUAAAAAAGAAACUCGACACUUACCUUAACAGUAACGGCAGAAUGAUAAGUGUUUACCACAUUGCUGAUGACAAAAUAAUCGCAAGUCGCGUAAUGGACCUUUGUCAAAUUAACAAGAACGAUUGUGAACAUGGCUGUGUGUUCGAUGAAGUUGCCCUCGAUUUUACAUGCACUUGCCCACGAGGUAUGUUCCUUAAUAUUGACAAUCCCAAAACAUGCAUGUCCUUAUUCGACAAUUCUAAUGAUAGCCAAGCAAAAGAUACCUCGAAGGAGAAGGAAUUCAGGGUGCUAGACUUAGACUUGGUAGGUACGACAAGAAAGUCGAUACCAGUAGAUGAGCCAAAUAUAGAAUCUGUUCAUGUAAUACAAAGCGGAAACACAUUUGACUGGAAAGAUUCAACCGGACACGAAAUUCAUCAAACAACCACCGAAUCUGAGGCGGAUUACAAAUUUUCACAUGUUUUCGGGCACCCCAUAGACCCGAAGGCGGAGCAAGAACCAACACCUGAGCCUGAACCUGAACCUGAAUCAAAAGCUGAACUCGAACCCGAAUCAAAAGCUGAACCUGAACCAAAAGCUGAACUUGAACCUGAACCAAAAGCUGAACCUGAACCCGAACCAAAUGCAGAACCUGAACCCGAACCCGAACCAAAAGCUGAACCUGAACCCGAACCCGAACCAAAAGCUGAACCCGAAAAUGGCCAAAAAGCUGAAUCCGAAUCCGAAUCAAAACCUGAACCAGAACUAACAUUACAGCCUGAACCUGCUCCAGUUGCUGAACCAGAGCCUACAUCUGAACCUGAACCAACAGCGGAUCCGAAACUCGAAUCCGAAUCCUCAUCAGAAAAUGAAUCAAAACAAGUUAGCGACAGUGAAACGAAACACAGCCCAGAAACAGCCGCCGCACCAGAACCUACGAUAGAGCCAAAAGUGCAUCCAGAACCAGCACCUGUAGUAGAACCCAACUCUGAAAUAAAACAAACUAGUGAAACAACCGAGAAACCGACAUACUCUGUUUUUGAACAUUAUUCAGAAAUAAUAAACAAAUCUCAUAAUUGGGAUUAUUUGCAAAACAUGGACGACCAGCAAAAUUCUAAAGAAUUCGAAACAACUCAUUUACCAGUUACCGAAGCGGAGAUGCCACCCAUUAAUUAUAUUCCAGUAACAGAGGAACAACCCGAUGAAACUGUGACAAUCUUACAAGAUUAUAGUGGUGAAAAUAAUAACAUGGAAGUAAUAAUGCCCAAAACAACUAGUGUCAAUCACAUGAAUAGUACAGAAUUUGAUAAUGACUGGCUUGACCCAAUACCUAUCACCAACGAUGAAUUAAAAUUUUUAAAUGAUGAAACAAAUACGUCUGACACAAACACGCAAUUCACGAAUGACAUGCAUGAGAAUAUGAAUAUGGGAAAAAUUCACGAAACUCAGGCAAGAUCUUUCAAGAAACAAGAUAUGGAAUAUCAAGUCACGGCUGAAACUCCUGAUGAUAAUAAAGAUGAUUUUAGAGGAGAUACUAAAACCACCGAACAAGGAACUAUUGAAGAAUCCAAUUCACGUCCAGCAAUUGCAUUGUUUGCGUAUCAGGAUAAACUAGACAAAAAUCGUACAACCACCUACGUACCUCCAAGUACAACACCUAAACUCGAAGAAAUCAUGGUUGAUGAUGAAACAGAUAAACCAACAGAAACAGAAAUAGAUAUAGAAAAUCGAACAGAAAGUAAAACACUAAAUAAUGAAAUAGAAAAGAGUAAAGCAAUCGAUUCAAAAAACGAGCCCUCGUCAAAAACUGAAAAAUCAGAUAUGAUGACAAAGAAUGAUAUAGCGAGACUACUGCAGCCUCACAAAGAAAUUACUACAACAGCAUCUACUACUCGAGAUUCAGAAUUUUCCCUGAAAAAUGGUAUAGACUCGGGAAUGGAGAAGCAAUUGAUGGAAGUCUUAGACAUCAAAAAUACAUCUAAUAACAAAUAUGAUUCGCCAAUGCAGAAAGAAAAAGAUCUAGUUGAUGAAAAUGUAGACAUCACGUUCGAUGCCAUAAAUAUGCUAUACAAUCGUUCAACAAAACCUACCGAAAACAAAGCUCAAGUCAUAUCCAUUGCCGAAAUGACUACUGAAACAACUGAUUCAGAUUGGCUAACGGAAGCAGUGACGGAAAUCGAUUACGAAGAGAUGAAGGAGAACAUAAAACCAAUUAUAACUUCGGAAACUGCGCAAAAACCAGAGGACGUAAUAAUGAGAGGCGCACUGCCAAAGUAUGACUUUGAACCCGAUUACUUAAAUAAUUUCGGACCAAGUCGAACCUCAGAGCAAGACGAGCCUCAUUACGGAAUGAUACAUGAUUACGACAAUGAAGAUUCUAGAGUAAAACGAGUUAAUAUUGAUCUCAAAGAAUCACGUAAUAGCCGCUCAGAAGAACAGCUCAAUAAAUUCAGUACGAGUAAACCUUCUAUAAAUGAAAAACAUGUAACAACCUUAAUGUCAACAGAUACAUCGUCUGAAGAAGAAAGUAAAUUAACAACUAACAGAGCUGAUGAGAUGACCACCUUUUCGUCAUCGGCAAAAGUCGUUGAACCAAUAAACGACAAAGUAUUCAACAAUGAAAAAGAAAGCACACUAAAUGUCACUACAGAACCUACAAAAACGACAGAUUUAGUAACAGAAGUAAAUGAAUUUGAUAAAAUUUUGAAAUUCGUAGAAGGAGAAAAAAAUCAAGACGAUGCAAUAGAAACCACUACAGUCGGUCAAUUUAUCUACAAUUCUGCUGAGAGAUAUCUAGACAUAUCUACUGCUAAUAACAAUACGGAAAAUAACAAUCCAGCUCCAGUUUGGGAAGACAUCAGUGACAAUACAAAAUCAAUUUUAUUCAAACCUAGUACAGUGCGACUGGAACAAGAUUCAUCUGAAGACAGCAUGUCUAAAAAUGUAACCUCCACUACAGCGUUUACACCACUAACAGUCAUAAUCACAAAUGGGAAUAUAUCAUCUAAUGAAACGGACAAUGCAAGCUUAACUUUUCAAAAGAACAACUUAAAUGUAACAAUAUACGAAGUGCCAGGUCACAACAGUUCUAUUGCCACUUCGGGACACUCUCAUUCAGCAGAAUAUGAUGACCAUGAGACUGAAAUGAAUCCGUUUUUACCUGAGGUAGAAAAUAAUAAACACCUAGUUAAAAAACUUCAGGAAGGUCAUGAUUUGGAAUCGUUGAACGCAAACGAAACACAAAAUGAAAAUGCUGAAGAGCAACAAUUUCGAUCUUUAAAUACUCAGUCUGUCGACGAAGGUACAAUGAAGGUAUCCAAAGAUAGAAACAUGACUAAUAAUGAUGGAAAAAAGGUGACGAACGUCAAUUCCAAUGAAAACGCAGCAGAAAUCCAAGUACAUAAAUUCCAAAAGCACAAUAACAUAGCUACUCAAGAACGUCACAAUACAGCUGAAAACAAAGUGUCAUCAUUUUUGUCAGACACAGAUGAUUUGGACAAACCUUUACCGAGUACCUCCGCUCCCAGUGUGUCUGCUAGUAUAACAGAUGAUACUGAAUACCUAAGUGUAGUUCCUAUCAAAAAUUUAGAUGGAAAAGCAACGUUAAAAAAGAAGAACAAAAGUGAUAGCAUCGAGGAGCUCAAUGACAUAAGUGAUUCACGGAAAAAGAGUGAUAGGAGGACAUUAGAUGCAAAGAAACUCGGUUCAGUUACUAACAAUGAAGCGUAGUACGCGCGUAAAAUGUAGAUAGGUUUAAGAUUGUAUAUUUCUGUUUUUAUUUUUAUGGAAUGCUGUGAUGCUGUUGAACACUUUUAAUGCAUAACAGACCUGGAGUUUGCUGAUGGCGUGUUGUGAGUGUGAUUCUAGAUAUUCAAUUAGCAAUAUUUCGUGUGGAUCGCAGCGAUCUUCAGCCAAUAACAUAAAAAGAAACUAUCUUUUAUUAGACUAGUCAAACUUAAGGAAAGUCAUCAACGCGAGAAUUUUAGAUAAUUUAUUGCUACAAAUAUAAAACCUAAGUAUUACCAUUUGACCUCAAAAUAACAUUUGAGUUGUUCUAUAAAAUCCUGUGUCUACGUAGUGCGUGUUAUUUUCAGAACAAAAGCCUAAUAAUUGUCCUUAUUAAGAAAAUUGUUACCAUAGCUAAAUAUAUUUUAGAAUUAUUUUAUCUAAUGAAAUUUCAGAAAUCAGAUACUUUUCUAAUAUAGUAGAAAAUAAAAGAUGUAAAUUAUGUUUACGUAUAAGUUUUAUUUUCUUGUGUAAUGGAUUACAUAUUCUGCCAUGCCGUAUGUGAUAAUG